ACUGACAAAACCACCCAUUUAUCCUUGAGAAGCUGUCCUGUGAGUACCGUUGUCUUCUUCUUCUCCACAACAAAAUCAUGGUGUUCUCUUCGCCUUCGGUUGCAGUUUCACCUACAGCUCUGCAAGUUCUUCCCUUUUCAGACCCUCCAUACAAGCUUCUCCAAAAUCAUCCAUCUCUUACCCUUCUCUCCACUUGCAAAAAUCUGCAGACCCUCAGACAAAUCCAUUCUCAAAUCAUCAAAACUGGUCUUCACAAAACCCAGUUUGCACUUAGUAAGCUCAUACAAUUUUGCGCCAUUUCACCUUUUGGUGAUCUCUCUUAUGCUCUGUUACUAUUCAAAACCAUUGAGAAUCCUAAUCACGUAAUUUGGAAUAAUAUUAUCAGGGGCCUUUCACUGAGUGAAUCCCCAAUUGACGCUGUAAAAUACUAUGUUCAUAUGAUUUUAUCUGGUGUAUAUCCAAAUACUCAUACGUUUCCUUUCGUUUUGAAGUCUUGUGCAAAAAUUGGAGGUACCCAUGAAGGGAAACAGAUCCAUGCACAUAUUUUGAAGCUUGGACUUGAAAAUGAUGCCUUUGUACAUACUUCUUUGAUUACCAUGUAUGCUCAAAAUAGUGAAUUGGGAAAUGCAAGAUUGGUUUUUGAAAAAAGUUCUAUGAGAGAUGCGGUUUCUUUCACUGCUUUGAUAACGGGGUAUGCUUCGAGGGGUUUCCUGGACAAGGCCCGAGAGCUUUUUGAUGAAAUUCCUAUUAGAGACGUGGUGUCCUGGAAUGCUAUGAUAGCGGGGUAUGCCCAGAGUGGUCGAUCUGAAGAGGCAUUAGCUUUCUUUCAAGAGAUGCUUAGAACAAAUGUCACACCAAAUAUGAGUACAAUGAUCAGUGUCCUAUCAGCUUGUGCUCAGUCAGGAUCCCUCGAGGUGGGCAAUUUGGUCCGCUGCUGGGUCGAGGAGCAUGGACUUGAAUCGAAUCUUAGGCUUGUAAAUGCACUUGUUGAUAUGUAUGCCAAGUGUGGAGACUUAGAAAAGGCUAGCAAUUUGUUUGAGAGUAUACAGGAUAAGAAUGUGGUUUCAUGGAAUGUUAUGAUUGGAGGUUAUACUCAUAUGAGCUUCUAUAAGGAAGCGCUGGGGCUUUUUAGGCGAAUGCUGAAGUCACAUGUAGAGCCUAAUGAUGUGACCUUGUUAAGCAUUCUUCCAGCUUGUGCUAACUUGGGUGCUCUUGGGCUUGGGAAAUGGAUCCAUGCUUAUAUUGACAAGAAACGAGAAACUUUGGCUAAUGGUGCUCUUUGGACAAGCCUCAUUGACAUGUAUGCAAAAUGUGGUAAUAUAGAGGCAGCUAAACAAAUUUUUGAUGAUAUGAAUCCUAGAAACUUGGCUUCUUGGAAUGCAAUGAUUUCUGGGCUUGCUAUGCAUGGGCGUGCAGAUAUGGCUCUUAAUCUUUUCUCAAGAAUGACUAAUGAGGGAUUCAUACCAGAUGAAAUCACCUUUGUUGGUGUAUUAUCUGCAUGUAACCAUGCUGGUUUGCUAGAUCUUGGACGCCAGUAUUUUAGUUCAAUGACCCAAGAUUACAAGGUUUCUCCAAAAUUACAACACUAUGGGUGCAUGAUUAAUCUCCUAGUCCGAGCUGGAUUGUUUGAAGAAGCAGAAACCCUCAUGAAAAGCAUGGAAAUGAACCCAGAUGGGGCAAUCUGGGGCUCUCUGCUCGGAGCUUGUAAAGUACACGGACGCGUUGAGUUGGCUGAAUUUGUUGCAAGGCAUCUUUCUGAAUUGGAGCCUGAAAACCCCGGGCCUUAUGUGCUCUUAUCAAACAUCUACGCAGGUGUCGGUAGAUGGGAGGAUGUAGCGAAAAUAAGAACUAAGAUAAAUGAUAAGGGGAUGAAGAAAGUUCCUGGAUGCACGUCUAUUGAGGUGGAUAACAUAGUUCAUGAGUUCGUUGUCGGUGACAAGGUACAUCCCCAGAGCAGAGAAAUUUAUAAAAUGCUAGAUGAAGUAGAUAUCCUUUUGAAGAAGGCUGGUUUUGUACCAGAUACAUCUGAGGUUCUGUAUGAUAUGGAUGAGGAGUGGAAAGAAGGGGCUUUGAGUCAUCACAGUGAGAAGCUAGCCAUUGCUUUUGGUUUGAUAAGUACAAAACCAAGGACAACAAUAAGAAUAAUCAAGAAUCUUCGUGUAUGUGGAAAUUGUCAUUCUGCUACUAAGCUAAUAUCCAAGAUCUUCAAUAGAGAGAUUAUUGCUAGGGACAGGAAUCGUUUCCAUCAUUUUAAAGACGGUUCUUGCUCAUGUAAAGACUACUGGUAAACUCCUGUUUGAUAGAAUUUGGAGUUUCUGUAAAAG